AAAGAUAAAAAAAUAAAAAAAUAAAAUUAACUUUCAGGAGAUCUCCUGCCGCGAUCGGCACCGCGAUAAGCUGAAGAAAAAGCUGCGAAGGAUGCUCAAAACUCUAGUUCUUCAACUUCAAUCUAAGAAAUUUUGGAUGCAAUUGAAUUUAUGAUGCACCUCGCCCAUUAGGUAAUAGUAUACAGAAGCUAAAUACAAAUGGAAAGGAGGCUACAGUCAAAGAGGGAUUCCAAAGGUGUGAGUGAAGCCUCCCAUGGCAGCAGUUGGUGGUGGUUGGUUCAUCACAGUCUUGCAGCAUCUUUUCUUUGUAUCAGUUUGUUUGCAUUUUUGGUGAGAGAUUCAGUGUCGCUCCAUUCUUAUUCUGGUGCUGGGAAACCACCAAAGUUUGGGGACUUCGAAGCCCAACGUCAUUGGAUGGAGAUCACCAUUAACCUCCCAGUGAAGGAAUGGUACCGUAACAGCACUGUAAAUGAUCUGAGGUACUGGGGCCUUGAUUACCCACCACUCACAGCCUAUCAGAGCUACGUUCACGGUCUUCUCUUAGCUGCUUCCCAUCCAGAAUCUGUCGCACUUCAUGCCUCGAGGGGACAUGAAUCAUAUCUGGGGAAGGUGCUCAUGAGGUGGACGGUCUUAUCUUCUGAUUUACUGAUUUUCUUUCCAGCUGUUCUCUGUUACAUCGUUGCUUACCAUGCACUUCACCGAACUGGAGAGAAAAGGAAUAUUGCAUGGCAUAUUGCAAUGAUCUUACUGAACCCAUGCCUGAUCCUGAUUGAUCAUGGUCAUUUUCAGUAUAACUGCAUUAGCUUAGGACUUGCUGCUGGGGCUAUUGCAGCAAUAUUAUCCGACAAAGAUCUAUUGGCUUGUGUACUUUUCAGUCUUGCUCUUAAUCAUAAACAGAUGAGUGCGUAUUUUGCUCCUGCAUUUUUUGGUCAUCUUUUUGGCAAAUGCUUGAGGCGUCAAAAUCCCAUUGUUGAGGUGUUAAAGCUAGGUUUGGCUGUUCUUGCUACUUUUGCCAUUGUUUGGCUUCCAUACCUGCAGUCAUUGCAGGCUGUUACGGAGGUACUAUCUCGUCUUGCUCCAUUUGACAGAGGGAUCUAUGAGGAUUAUGUGGCUAACUUUUGGUGCACAUCUUCAGUUCUUAUUAAGUGGAAAAAGUUGUUCACAAUUCCAUCUAUGAAGUAUAUCAGUCUUACGGUUACAGUUAUUGCUGCUCUGCCCUCUACGAUCCAACAAAUAUGGGCACCGAGCAAGCAAGGGUUCCUCUAUGGACUACUCAAUAGUUCAAUGGCAUUUUAUCUGUUUUCAUAUCAAGUUCACGAGAAGUCCAUUUUGCUGCCACUUCUGGCUGCAAGUCUUUUAUCAUUGGAAGAGCCUUCAAUCUACAAGUGGUUGACACACUUUGGUUUGCUCUCCAUGUUCCCAUUGACCUGUCGCGACGAACUGAUUGUUCCAUAUAUAUCGCUUUCAGCACUUUUCUUCUUCCUGUUUUACCAUUCUCCUCCCGUCAAAAGGAAUAAUACUUGGUUGCAGAAUGCACCUUUUAAAUCUCUCGUUAAAGCUGCAUUGGUUGCGAUCUCAAUCGUUCUCCACAUUGUUUACUUAGCCAUAACUCCUCCCAAGAAGUACCCUUUCCUUUUCGAAGCUGUGAUUAUGCUCCUUUGCUUCUCCCAAUUCGUAUUCAUUGCCGCCUAUACCAAUUUCAAGCAGUGGACAUUCUCUACAGACUCGACACAGAUUGAUAAAGAAAAGAAAUACCUUUGAUGAGUUUUUUUGUUUUUGUUUUAGUAAUAGAAAAGAGAAACUUUUGUUUAUUUAUUUAGUAUUAUUGUAAUACAGUAUGAUCAUUUAGCUUAUUGGGUAUUAUAUAUUGACAUAAUUGUGUA